GGCGGCUGGCGGGAAGCGCGGGAGCUGAAGCGCCUCCGGGGUCGUGGGCAAGGUUAGGCAGGCAGGCGGAUUUCUCGGGCUCAGAUUUGGAGAAUCCGCGGUAGGGAGCUCCGACCUGGGUUAAGGCUUGCUGUGCCGCGCCUUUCUGCGCUCGGGUCACGUGGGCCGACAGUAGCCGUAACGCACAGGGUACUACUCUCCUCCGUGCGUCAGAGCCCUCGGGUCCAUUAGAUCCGUUUGAGGACUUUGAAACUAUUAUCUCCUUUGGUAUGCAGUGAACCCCCAUUGUGAAACGGAGAGAAACUGAGGCCCAGAGAAGUGGAGUAACUUACCUAAGGAGCCGCAGCUAGUGACUGCUCCCCAAGCCCAAAGCAUCUUCCACUGCCCUACUCAAGGUGUAGAACCGUGCACCUAAUAAAAACCUUGUGCUGGGGGUUCGCGCCUCCCGUCGCCGCCUCCUUUGGUCUUCCCCGUCCCCCAAACCGGGCUAAGAAAUCAGCGGUUCCCUUCAGCACCGGAGAUGGUGCUUUGACCUUCACAGAGAACUGGGAAGUUAUUAUGCCUCCUCGGAGUAAAGAUGACAAGGACGAAGACCACGUCCAUGAACUAAUACUAAAUAGUCUUCAUGCCGUACAGUUAAACUGACCUGUUGUGCACGUGAGUGUCUCCGUGUGAAAAUCUGAUAACGGCAGGCACUGUGUCAGACUGCAUUGUCGCCUGGGCAUUAAUCGGGCAGAACAUCAUGUGCAAGACUUGCCUGGAAGCGGAGAGCCUAUCCUUAGAGGCCUAAGCGUUGGUGAUAGGUAACAAAACGCCUGUUGGUGUUUCGCAUCCUAUAAGCAGUAUCUAUGUAGGGACUGAGAGACGAUUCCUCUUGUGAACGACGUAAAUGUGACGGUCUGGGUAAUGCAGCACGGCCCUGCUGCCCUCCUCCGAGCUGUGUCUCGGCUGCCCGGCCCGGCCGCGUGGAGAAGACCUGUGUGCGGGCUGUGGUGCCACCGGGGCACCGGGCAGGAUCCAGGGAGGUGGGCAGGGAGCAGGUGCCCCGCCCCGAAGGAGAAAGCGGCCGGCGCGGAGACUGAGAACUUCCAGAUGGUCUACCGGUUUGACGCCAUCAGAGCCUUCGGGUACCUGUCUCGGCUGAAGGUGGCUCAGACGGUGCUCACGGUGCUGGCCCUCCCGCCCGGCUGCUACUGGUACUCGCAGGGCUUCGUGACCCUCGGCUCCCUGUGCCUUGCAGGCGGGGUGGCUAGCUUCGCCCUGGCCAUGCUCUGCUGGAUGAGCUAUUUCUUCCGGAGGCUGGUGGGCAUCCUGUAUGUGAACGAGGCGGGCACUGUGCUGCGGGUGGCCCACCUGACCUUCUGGGGCUGGCGGCAGGACACGGACUGGCCCGUGGCCAGUGUGAUCCCCAUGACGGAAACCCAGGACCGGGCCCAGGAGCUGUUUGUACGAAUCCAGCAGUACAGCGGGAAGCAGACCUUCUAUCUCACCCUUCGCUACGGACGCAUCGUGGACAGAGAGCGGUUCACGCAGGUGUUUGGGGCGCUGGACGUCCAGCAGGAAGACCGAGGGUGCGGGCGAGGCUGAGGAAGGGGGUCCGGGGGCUGGAGACUCUGGCAGGCCUCUGGGCACUUGUCCUUCGGGAUGCGAAAAGUCACACGGCAGAGGCCAGUCAUCGGGUUUCGGAAAGGGGGUCUUAGUACAGAUUCAUGCUGCGUUUGGGGGACAUUCGGGCAGAUACGGCCGGUUCUUGGAGGAGGCUGUGUUGGGUCCGCCCGGGCAGGGCCGUGAGGUGGGAAGGCAGGGAGGGGCGGCAGGGGGAGCACAGGACUUGGGAGUGAGCGGGCUUGGGUGCGGUCAGCUCCCGGCUCUCUGUCCUGGAGUCCCCGAGCCUCUCCGAACCUUGGCUUUCACGUCUGAGAAAGGGAAGAGUCCUGCCUGUCUCCUGAGACGGGUGUGAGAGUAGACGGUGAAUGUCAAGGUCAGUACGAAGACGAGGGUGUGCUGCAAACCGUGCUGGCAGUCAGUAGGGUUGACCCGAGCCCUGUGCCGCCCCCCUGGGGGACCCCGCAGUGGGAAGAAGCCUAGACAGAGGUGGGCCGUGUGACCUCGCCGGGAGGGUGCCGGCCAGGCAAGCGCAGCGCCUCUGCCAGGAUUGUGCUCACCACGCAGACACCUGGGGCCCUGCUGGAAGGCUCUGUGGUGGAUAAAACCAGGCACGCUGUGUUCUGGCGUGUUCUUCUAUGAGCUAAAGCUAGUUCUAUGCGCUGCCCUUCCUUGGAAUUAGUAAUAGAUGUUUGUUCAACAACCCGUAACAAUAAAGAGGAAGACGUGAUCGUUAACAGUUGCACUCAGAAAUCAGCGACUAACUGUCGUAUGUGGGGACUGCCAGUCUUUUUUUAUUGUGGUAAAAUACACAUAAUGUAAAUUGAUUCUUUUGGCCAUUUUUAGAUGUGCACUUGAGUGGUAUCAAGUAGGCCUGCAAGAUCGUGCAAGUAUCACGUGUGCCCAUUUCCAGAACGUUCUCAUCAUCCCAAGGAGAAAGUCUGUACCCGUUAAAACAGUCACUUCCCAGCUCCCCGCCCUCCGGCCUUGUGACCACUCAUCUGCCUUCUGUCUCCGUGGAUUUGAAACGGAAUCACACACUGUGGGUUUGUGUCUGGCUUCUUCCACCUGACAUGACGUGUCCAGGGGGCGUCCGUGCUGGAGUGUGUGCGCACGCUUCCUUCCUUUCCGUGGCUGGAUGAUGUGUGUACAGACCACGGUUUGCUUAUCUGUCCGUCGAUGGACAUUUUGAUAGUUUCCACCUUUUGGCUGCUGGGAAUAGCGCUGCCGUCCGCGCUGCUGCUCCUAAAUCCGAGUCUCUUCUUUUGGGGAUGUGCUGAGAGGCGGAAUCGCUGGGUCUUAGGGUGACUGUGUGCGCACAUUUUUGAGGAACUGCCAGACUUUUCCACAGCGGCCACAUACUUUUUUAUCUGUCUCAGCCGUGCACAAGGAUUCCAGCUUCUCCACGUCGGUCUUUUGGAUGAUAGCCCUCCUGAUGGGUGUGAGGUGGUAACUUACCAUGCUUCCAGGCUUUUCUAAAAACAGAUGUUAUCCUGUACCUGGAAUUGGUUUUUUUUUCUUUUUGCUUCAUGUAACACAUAACCAUCUUACUUGUAAACACAUUAAAAAUAUUCUGUCAUAAAAAAACCUCAUUACCUUG